AUGGGAGUCCGUUUGUGGAUGACUGGUGCGGCUGCCGCGUCGGCACUGCAAAUUGCGCACCGAAAAUCUACCACGCUCACCGGUAAAGCGACCUACAUUUUGUCAUCUUCACAUACACACAUUACAACUACACAUUUCUCAUCACGCUCACCAGUAGAGGACGGAACACAUCACAAACACACACUACACUUCUUUUCCACAUGACUUUUACAUCAUACCCUCCAUUGCGCUGUUAUUCAAGCCAACUCGCGUCAGUUAUCAUUAUUAUUGGGUACUAUCCGAGAUCUCAGAACGAUGAUGACCUUCACUAACUUCCAUCAAUCACAAUUUCAUCCAGGCACCAAAGACCUGAUGAAGACGUUCAUCGAGUUUAAGAAGCAGGACUGCACGAACGGGUUCAUCACCAUUCAGCUCAAUUUGAAUACGAUAGGAAAUGCAACGAAACGAUCCUAUUUGAUGCCGACAGAUACGGUGGCAAACCAACCGCUGAGCAGUACGAAUAAUAAUGACAUUUACAACUCAUUCUAUUGGAGUCGGGAGUUAUUUUUGUGAUGAACUGGAUCUAGAGUUUUUAGUAUCCUUCGCUGAGCAGUAGCAGUUCGGCAGUUCUUGACUGAUCGCUAUUAUUGACAUGCUUUUCUUCUAUUUGUUCAUUUGAACACCAGUUGGUUCAUUGCUAUCAUUUUUUUUCUACUUCUUCUACGUGAUGCUCUACCCUCUCAGGUCAAGACAAGCUGACGCAAAUCGCUGCAAACGAGUGCUAUCCAGAGCCGGACUGCGGCGGAUUUGUCUACAUGAAUGAUGCGGUGACGAAGACCAGCGCGAGCGGCGCCAGUAUUACCUUCCCGAAGGGCCGUGUCUACUUUUAUGGCGACUACGUAAUAUGUAACAAUCACAUAUUGCUCAAGAUGUCGAUAGCGUAGUCAACUUGCUCUCACCCGUUUAAAUCCACAUGAUGAGCAAAUUAGUGUUCCAGUUGAUAUUUCUUGUCACCGUGAUGUAUGGUAACUAGAUCUUCUCUCGUAAUAAAUUCCCGGCGUGUCUCUCACGCUUACCAGUUAUUGAUCGCCGUGGUCUAGAAAACACACAGCAUGAGCGUUAUCAUCAUUCCUCGUGUAUUCCACUUCUAAUCCCCUUUACGAAGCGACCCAACCUGUACGGAAAUUACCUCGUCAGACGGCAAAACGACUUGCGUAAGAGCCAGUCACUGUGUCGAAGAUCCAGCCGAGACGACCUAUAUCCAGAAAGUAUUAUACAAUUUAGAUGUUGAAGAAGUUAGAAAGUAUUACAAUUUAGAUGUUGAAGAUGCAGGAGGGAUUCCACAUUCCAAUUGUUCUAGAAGUACCACAUGCAAGAACCUCUCCUUUAGGUCUAGAACCUCAAAGAAGUCCUACCUCUACCUUCACCUCCACGAACUCCUAACUCUACCUCCACCUCUGUACCUCCACACACUCCUUAAAGAAAGGACACGAAAAUCUUUACCCCCAUACCUUCUUUUACCAUCCCCACCUCCAAGACCUCCUACUCUAGUAGCACCAACUAUGCGUACGCCUCCAAAAAUCUAAUACUACAGGACAUUUUUACCACGGAUGACGGCACUGGAGGUCUCGCUGAUACCACGGACAGUGGCAUUAGCAGCGACACUAGUAGUAGCAGUGGGCAUGGCGGUAUGGAGGGUCUGAUUGGCGACAUGCCUCAGGAAACCACGUCGUCGACACAGAAUGGACGAGCCCCUGCUCCGCCCACGUCGUCGACACAGAAUGGACCAGCCCCUGCUCCGCCCACGUCGUCGACACAGAAUGGACCAGCCCCUGCUCCGCCCACGUCGUCGACACAGAAUGGACCAGCCCCUGCUCCACAAGGAAACUAGAUCUGAGACUCUUAACUGGGUCCAACUAGAUCUGAUCUCAUUUUUGGUCGUAGAUUGACUCUCGAUCACUUACAGGUCUGAUCUUUUUGGUCGUAGAAUGACUCUUAACUUCUAGGUGUCUGAUCUUGACUGAAGGUUAGUUCAUGGUAGUGGAUCAUUCGGAGGGUUCAGUUGAUUCUUUGUAGAUGCAGCUAGGAUGAAAAGGGGUUGAUCCAGCUAGGAUUUAGGAUAGGGCAGGAGUUCUCUACCGCAUGGGACUUAGGUCUUUUGUGGCUGUUGUGCGUUUCACUCAGAGAGACUAACAUCAUUUGUAUUGAAAAUAGAAUGAACAUUUCAAACUCACUGAUUGCAUGUUUAGAUUUUUCAGAAAUACCAGAAUAGAACAAUGGAUGUCGUCAAAGAAUUGUCAAGAAAUCAGUUUUGUUAUUAUUUGCGUUGAUGAUGUUUUCGAAGUUUUGAGGGUUGAGUCUUUUUCGCAUUCGUGAUAGACACAUUUCUGUGAACAAGGAAAAGAAAACAGCACAAUUUUUCGAGUGAGAGAUACCAUUUUCAACGCUACAGUUUAAGUUUUCUUACGUUUGUUUGUGUGACACGUUUAACAUCAGUGGCUGGAAGAUCAUAGUGCACGUCAAUUAUAAUGUAGAAGCGAUGUUCCUAGAAGUAGAUUUUAGCAGUACAACAGAAUGAUAUUUAGAAGUGAACCGUGAAAUUUAGAUAUCAUAGCAUGUGGGUCACUAUGUAGUGUUUGUACAUGCAAUUGCAAACCGUUGUUGUAAACAUGUUACAGGCAUAAAAAUGAAUGAUACAGAAACAACGCGAAGGGGUGGACUAGGGCGAUAAGGCGGUGGACACAUGAUCCUCGUGACGAUGUCUAAAAUCUAAAAAAUCUAAAUUGUGGAAAGAGAAAAGCACGCCAUGACUGGAUGAGAGAUGACGACUAACAACACGUGUCGCGAAUUAGAAGAAAAUGUACCAAUCAUAUUCCGUGGCCAAGCCAUGCAAAGUUGAAGGCGCAUUGUCGUCUCGGGUAGGCGUACUGUUGCUACGGGAAAGAGCGUG